UGUCUUAAAGUAAACGGGGAUAGAAACACGUUUGAUGAUAAACUUUUUCUCUCUCUCUCUUUGGCUGCCAUGUCGGACUGUCUGGACCGGUCCUCGAAGAUCAGCUUGUUGAAGGAGCCGGUCGUGAAGAAACUCUGUGAGGUGUUGGACAAAUCCGAAAGUAAAGGAUGGCGAAAAUUUGGAGAGAUAGUCGCCAAUGACAGACGGUUCAAAGUCAGCUCAGACGACAUGGAGAUGUGCUCUCUGAGGGUGCUGGAGCUGGAGGGCAGCCCGAGCCGCAUGCUACUAAGGCUGAUGGGAGAUCGAGGCUGCACCACAGGCCACCUGUAUGACUACCUCCAAACUCUGGGUAACUCAGAGGCCCUGCAGUGCCUGAAACAAUCAGCCUUGCAGAUCCUCAUCCAGCCCCAGUCAGUGGCUCUUAUAUCUGGCCACAAUCUGCGCCUCAGCUGCCAUGCUGUGGGAAAAUCUCCAAUACAGUACCAGUGGUUCAAGACAAAGGAUGAGGUGCCGAACAGCUUAUCCCCUGACCUGGUGAUAAGUCCGGUCAAUCUGAAGGACUCUGGCUUUUACAUCUGCAGGGUCAACAGCGGAGACACCUUUGAAUUCAGUCAGUGGGCUCAGGUGGACGUCCUGAAUGUCGCCACGUCGUACGGGCAGAGUUAUCAUCAUUCCUUAGAGGGUCGGCUGAAGGUGGUGAUCCAGCCUCAGUCCCAGCGGCUGCAUGUCGGGGAAACUCUGCAGCUGGAGUGCGGAGCCAUGGGACGACCGAUUCCUCGCUACCAGUGGCACAGAAAUGGAGUCUCGAUCCCCAACGCCACAAAGAGAAAAUUCACGAUUCCUCACGUGAUGCAGGAUCAUCACGGCAGGUAUCGCUGUGAGAUCAGCAGCAGCACUGAAAGAAUGUGGACCAACGAAGUUAACAUUUUGAUCGCACCACAGAUAUCAGUCCAGAUUUCAGGGGCAGUGGAGUGCUCUGAAGAUGAUGUUUACGCCAUUGGAGGUUCUGGUGAUUUCUUCCUAAAUAGUAUCCCAGACCAACUUUAUGCGACUGACAAAGUGGCUCUGCUGAUCGGCAACCUGUCCUACAAGAACCACCCGCAGCUCAAAGCUCCCAUGGUGGACGUGUACGACCUCACCAACCUCCUGCGGCAGCUGAACUUCAAGGUGGUUUCUCUGCUGGACCUCACGGAGUCGGAGAUGAGAAACGCGGUGGACGAGUUCCUGUUGCUGCUUCACAAAGGCGUCUACGGUCUGCUGUACUACGCUGGUCACGGAUAUGAGAACUACGGCAACAGUUUCAUGGUGCCGGUAGAUGCACCAAACCCGUACCGGUCAGCCAACUGUUUGUGUGUGCAGAGCAUCCUUAAACUGAUGCAGGAGAAGGAGACGGGCCUCAAUGUGUUUCUGCUGGACAUGUGCAGGAAGAGGAAUAUUCAUGAUGACAGUGCUUCAAACAUCGUCUUGAGGGUCACAGCCAACAUUGUCUUUGGAUACGCUACGUGCCAAGACGCUGAGGCCUUUGAGCUGAGCUCCAGCGGCUUCACCAACGGUGUGUUUGUCAAGUUUUUGAAGAAGAGACUCCUCGAUGAAGAGAAGAUCACUGUGGUGCUGGACCGAGUCGCUGAAGACAUGGGUCAGUUCGAUGCUACAAAAGGGAAGCAGGCUCUGGAGAUCCGCAGCAGUCUGUCAGAGAAGAGAGCUCUGACCGACCCCAUCAUGCCCGGCGACAACGCCGAUCACGAUCACAGCCGCCAGUGGGCCAAAGCUCAUGAGCUUCCUGAGAGUAUGUGUCUCGACUUCGACUGCGGCGCUCAGAUCAAGUUGGGCUUCGCUGCGGAGUUCUCCAACGUGCUCGUCAUUUACACGCACAUCGUUAAGAAGCCUGCGGACAUGUUGAUCUGCCAGGCUCACGUUACCGACUUCUCACUGGACCUGGAUGUAGAUCCUAAAGAGAUGAACAGAGAGACUCCAGAAGAGACGGGGAUCUACCUUCUGUCCAGCAGCCUGCCGCAGCACUGCCUCUACACCAGACUGAGCUCCCUGCAGAAGCUCAAGGAGGAGCUGGUCUUCACUGUUUGCCUUCAGGGAACCUUCACGGCCAUGGAGGACCAGGACACCGUCCACUGGACCAAGAGCAUCAGCAUCGGCAAGCCUCUGAUCGCCCGACUCGACCUGCACCGAGCCAUGAGGCGGAACAGCUGCCUGCAGACGUGCAUGAUGCCCCACAGUCCGUCCCACAGCCCCUGUCACAGCCCGGGGCCCGAACACCACCUCCACAUUCAUUACGGGCAGCACCCGAACCAGGACUACAACCGCCUGUCCCCGCAGCACCACUGCCUGGAGGUCUACGAGCGUCUGCAGGGUGCGGUGGGAGGCUGCGGGGAGUCCUACUACGACAACGUCAACCAGUCCGGUUACGGGCAGAUGUACGACUCGGCCGCGGGGCUUUCGACCUCGCCGAGCAGGCACAGCAUCCCCAUCGAGGCCAGUGAUGACAUCAACGAGCUGCAGACGGUGUUCAUCAACAGUCUGCAGUUUCAGCCCCAGUGAAACGGUUACUGGGAGUCACUGAGCAUUAAAACGUAUCUUAAAUCCUGCUGCUCUUUAUGUUACACCGUAUGAUCCUUUUAAAACGUUA